AUGGAAGAGAAAACCAACUAUGAAAUUAUCAUAAAUACAUUUAGUUUCAGUUCUUUGGAAGAACAGAACGACGACCUGCAGAAACUAUUGUCUUACACUGCGCACACACUGGAGUUUCAGGAAUCGGAAUUUGAGGCAGCAAAGCAGAUCCUGGAGACAGAGCUGGACGGCGCUCAGGAAGAGGUGAUCAAACUGACCGAGAAGCUGCAAAGGGUACAAAACAGCCAUGCAGCACUACAGAGAAUUAACCAGGACCUUGAAGACAAACUUCACAUGAUGGCACAACUUCAUGAAGACAAAAUGAGGAAUCUUGAACAUGAGGUCAUUACUCUAAAUAACCAUCUAAUGGAAGCCAAGAUAACUAUUGAUAAAUUAACAGAGCAAAACGAACUCUAUAGGAAAGAUCGAAAUUUGGCAGCUCAACUGUUACAGUGUGACAAGCCUCCUUACAGGACACAUAGGCCUUCAGAGAAUCCAACAGAAUUUCAAGAGAGAGUUUGUCUUCACGUGGAAAAGCCUGAACCAACUAGUCCACCAAGUUCUCCUGUUGGGCCCUCACUCACACAAGAUGCUAGCAGUAUGCGUAACAAUUUGGUGAAUGUGGACAAAUUUGGCCAAAGGUUUCCAUACAAGGCUGAUUUAUAUUGCAGUGACACAGCUCUUUAUUGUCCCGAAGAACGAAAGACAGACAGGAGACAAAGUUUUGAUGUGCAAACGAAAGCUGUUGAGUUUUUCCGAACACAAAGCCUCACGGAUGGUUGUGGAGACAUCGACAGUCUGCAAGCAAGUCUUUCAAGUGAACAUCUUGCCGAUAAGACCCCUUCAUUAGCUCCCACCACCUACCCAGGCUGCAAUGUGGUAGCAGAGGAGAAAGGACCCAUACAAACUGAAACCAUCUCGACUUCUACCAUUAGUUUGAGGGAUAUUCAUGACAGAAAGUUCCAUGUUUCACAAAAUCAAGGUAACUACAAUUCUAGUUUUGUUCAGGGAAGACCAACACAACAAUUCACAGAGAUGGCACAUGCUCACCAGAAUGGGUCCCAUUCAAAAACUAUUCCGACACGCUUCAGUAAUCCACUGCCAGCCUCUAGGAUGAGCUCCCCGCAUGGAGGCAUCCCAAAGCUGUACAAUGAACGAAGAAAUAUGCCAAUUCCAGAAAAAGAUGUAAUAGGCCAUUGGAGGCAAACAAGAAUGCAGGAUUCAACCACCGCUUCACACAGGGUUCCUGGAAUAAUUUCAGCUUGCAGCCAUAAAGAUCAGCUCUUCCGAGGAUGUCCAGUGAAGCCAGUGGAUGAUGGGACAAACCAUUUCUUCACUGCUUCUUAUCGAGAUUACUUUCCUGACGGAGAGGAUUCAUUUCAAACCAGGUUUACAGAAUCGGGCUUUGGAGCCAAUGACUGUCAAUCCAGUUCAGAAACCGAUGACAAUAAUGAUCAGAAUUAUGACAAAUUUGCUAUUUGCAAGCAACGUGAUGCCAGAGGAGACCCUAAAGUCUUCAUCAAUAAAAACAGCACAAAUCAAACCUGCGUGCAAAAUGCAGAAUACCUCAGAAAGGUACUAAAAGAAUAUGUUCAUGUUGGUGCAAAUAGUUCAGGAGAGUAUGUACACCAUCCCAAAGUGCAAGCUUUAGAGCUCCAUCAUCUAUCCUUAGAUGCAACUGAUUUUAAUAGCAAAGUUGGAUCAGUAUUGAAGCUGGGUGGUCUAAACAGGAAAGACAGUCUCACAAAGGCUCAAUUAUAUGGAAACCUGCUCAAUUAA